AUUUGGAAUUAUCUCCUUUUCUCUCUAGACGCUCUCUCUCUCUCUCUAACUCAACAAUUCAGUUUCAAUUUCAAAUUUCAGAAACCAUUUUCUCUCUCUAUCUCUCUUCUUCUUCAUCUCUCAGUAAUGGAGACGUCGUCGGCGAUCUCGAUCGGUACUUGUUUGAAAGAGCAUCAGAAGAUCUACAAGGAAUGGUUCAACAUCGCCGAUUCAGAUGGAGAUGGUCGUGUUUCCGGUAACGAUGCUACGAAGUUCUUCGCGAUGUCAAAGCUUUCUCGCCAGGAACUCAAACAGGUUUGGGCAGUUGCGGAUUCGAAGCGGCAAGGAUUUCUCGGUUUAUCGGAGUUCAUCACUGCGAUGAAGCUCGUCUCAUUGGCACAAGAGGGACAUGAAAUUACUUCAGACCUUCUCAAAGGCUCAGUUGAUAUGAAGAGUGUGGAACUUCCAGUGUUGGAAGGACUAGAAAACGUGGUAUCUAAGCAGAAAGUGGCAAAAACAAAUGUGGAUGUUGAAGAAAAUGUAGUUACCAAGCUACAAGUCACGGCUAAAGCUCCUUGGUUCAAAUCAAAAUCUAUUAUCAAGCCACAAGUGAAUGUUGUGACAAUUGUUGAUGGCUUGAAAAGAUUGUACACUGAAAAGCUAAAGCCUUUGGAAGUCACAUAUCGUUUCAACGAUUUUGCAUCUCCAGUACUGACUAACAGCGAUUUUGAUGCCAAGCCAAUGGUAAUGCUUUUGGGUCAGUAUUCCACCGGUAAAACAACAUUUAUAAAACACUUACUCGGAUGUGACUACCCAGGAGCUCACAUUGGUCCAGAGCCAACAACAGAUAGAUUUGUGGUUGCAAUGAGUGGACCAGAUGAACGGACCAUACCUGGAAAUACCAUGGCUGUUCAAGCUGACAUGCCAUUUAACGGGCUAACAAGUUUUGGAGGUGCUUUCCUCUCAAAGUUCGAGUGUUCUCAAAUGCCGCAUCCGGUUUUGGACCAAAUUACUCUUGUAGACACACCUGGUGUUCUUUCAGGAGAGAAGCAAAGGAUGCAAAGGAGCUAUGACUUCACUGGUGUCAUCUCAUGGUUUGCAUCUAAAUGUGAUAUGAUUCUUCUUCUCUUUGAUCCCCACAAGCUUGACAUCAGUGAUGAAUUCAAACGCGUGAUAACAUCUCUACGUGGUAAUGAAGACAAGAUCCGUGUUGUCUUAAACAAAGCUGACCAAGUUGAUACUCAACAACUAAUGAGAGUGUAUGGAGCAUUGAUGUGGUCGCUUGGUAAAGUCCUGAACACACCAGAGGUCGUACGUGUCUAUAUUGGGUCCUUCAACGACAAACCCAUAAACGAAGAUGCAGUUGGACCGAUUGGAAAAGAACUUUUUGAGAAAGAGCAAACUGAUCUUCUAGCAGACUUAAUGGACAUACCCAAGAAAGCAUGUGACAGAAAGAUUAACGAGUUUGUGAAGCGAGCUCGAGCUGCAAAGAUCAAUGCAUACAUAAUGAGUCACCUUAAGAAGGAAAUGCCAGCAAUGAUGGGCAAAUCGAAAGCUCAGCAACGUCUCAUGGACAAUCUCGAAGAAGAAUUUGGAAAGGUGCAGCGAGAGUUUCAUCUUCCGGCUGGAGACUUCCCAAGUGUGGAGCAUUUCAGAGAAGUAUUGGGAGGCUAUAACAUUGACAAAUUCGAGAAAUUGAAGCCGAAGAUGAUUCAAGCAGUGGAUGAUAUGCUGGGAUACGAUAUUCCAGAUCUCUUGAAGAAAUUCAGAAAUCCUUAUGAUUAAAUAAUAAUGUCAGCUACUUCAACAAACUUACUUGAAGUUU